AUGGACCCGACGACGACGGGCGCUGCCUCGCCCUCCCAGGCCACCUCCACCCCUGCUCCCUCUCUCGCCUCCACCGCCGCCCCUCGCAAGGUCCUCCAUUCCAAGCGAUCCUUUGGCACCAAGCACUCCCUCGCCCACAACCGCCCUGUGCUCGACUCCCCUGCCUACGACGCCUCCGAGGAGGACAAUGACCCGCUCACCGACGACGGCGCCUCCUCUGUCUCCAGCUCCGUCCCACACCACCCCCGCACCGCGACCGCCCGUCCCGCAGCCGUCGCCGCGCUUGCCAGGACAACCCGCCCGCGCCACGCGCUCGCCGCCUCCGUCGUCUCCUCUGACGACGGCGGGCUCGACAGUCCCACCUAUGACGGCGAUGUCGAGAGCAUCACCACCACCCGCGGCCAAGGCGGCCGCGAUACCCCCUCCUUUCCCGGCCCAGCGCGCUACGCGUCCUCAAUCGCCUCUACCCUUGCCUCCCCUUUCCUCUCUUCCGCCCCCCUGCACGACUCCGACGACCCGGGCGCGACCGAUGCGCCCACCACCGACGCCGAUGCCGACCCGCGCCCCCGCUCCCACUCCCUACCGCAUCAACCCCCCCCGGUCGGCCGCCCCGUGCGCGUGUACUCGGACGGGGUGUACGACCUCUUCCACUUCGGCCACGCGCUCCAGCUCCGCCAGGCCAAGCUCGCCUUCCCGCCGCCCCCGGACGCGCCGGAGCACGUCGUCUCGGGCGUGCACCUUCUCGUCGGCGUCAACUCGGACGAGCAGUGCGAGGCAGUCCGGCACUGUCGGUGGGUGGACGAGAUAAUCCCAGACGCGCCAUGGGUGCUCGACGCCGCGUUCAUCGAAAAGAUCCAGCACCAGAUCGACUACGUCGCGCACGACGAAGACCCGUACGCGUCUGGGGUGCACGACGAUGUGUACGCGUUCGUCAAGAACGCUGGCAAGUUCCUGCCCACCCGGCGCACGCCCGGGGUGUCGACAUCGGAGCUGCUGGAGCGGAUCGUGAGCGGGUACCGGCUCCGGGUGUUCGACAAGAAGUUGAUCAAGAUGGGCCACCCGGAGCUCAAGGCGGAGGGCAGCGACUACGACGACAGCGCGCCGCCGUCGGGGCGUGUGUCGCCCCCUGCGAACCAUAUGGCGGCAACCGUGACACUCGGCUUGUCCGCCACCGUCGCACUCACUUACUCGAAACGCCUCAGCCGCUACCCCGUCUCGUCCAAAGACCCGCACCGAGGCGAAACACAGACACUAGUACUAGCCCUUGAACUUGGUGUCUCGCGGAGUCCGGAGAUCACCUCGUCGAGCCAUGUGCGGCCGCUUCGCGCUCGGAAUUUCGGUGAGAACAACGAUCUCCGGAUGCGGCCACGUUCAUACGCCCGCUAA